GAACACCCAAUUCAGCUACGACAUCACUACUCGCAGGGCUUUCACCGCGAAGUUCAAGGCGCAGCCCAAUUAUACCCGCGGGCCCGAGGUCGAUCAGCUGAAAGACAACGCUGACUACAAGUUUGCCCAGAUGAAGAAGAAGGUGCUGGCCAACAGCACCUUCCAGAAGCUCGUCAGCAGGACCUGCGUGCCCCUGAACCGCAUCCGCCCCAGCUGCUGGGAGACCGCCCCGACGAACCUGUUCUGCCAGGCCCUGUCGGCGGCCACGGCGCAGAUCAUCGGCCCGGGCGACCUGUUCAAGCUGAUGCAGUCCAAGAAGGCCAUGGUGCCCAACUGAGCGCGCGCAUCGGGGGCCCGCGAGGGUUGGCGGUUCUGGCAGUGCCCGUGCAGGGCACAGCGCCUUCAGAUCUCCGCGACUUUUGGCCGCCGAGAUCCGCUUUGCCGGCGCGUUCGCCUGCCAUGGUUGGCGGCGCGCGCAAGGUCGGCGCCACCUCGACAUACUACUAGUACUACGUGUGCGUCCCUGCCCUGUAAGGCCUAUCCCUCCCCCUUGCCCCUUGGGCGCGCCGCCCGCACGCCGCGGCAGCGCUGAGGAGCCCCCCCGCCGUGCGCCGAGCGCCCCGCCGAUCGGGCGGAGCGACCCCUCGGCGGGCGCAGGGCGUCUCCCUCGCGGCCGAUCACCGCUUGCCUGCUCUAUCGGGGACCACAGAUGCAUCCGCCUGGCCAAGCCUCCUCCCGCUGCACCCAAAGGAUGCGGAU